CACUGAGAUGUUGGUGCCUAAGAAGAACCGCAUUGUCAUUUAUGAACUCCUUUUUAAGGAAGGAGUCGUGGUGGCCAAGAAGGAUGUCCACAUGCCUAAGCACCUGGAGCUGGCAGACAAGAAUGUGCCCAACCUUCAUGUCAUGAAGGCCAUGCAGUCUCUCAAGUCCCGAGGCUACAACACAGAACAUUUUGCCUGGAGGCAUUUCUACUGGUACCUUACCAAUGAGGGUAUCCAGUAUCUCCAUGAUUACCUUCAUCUGCCCCUGGAGACUGUGCCUGUCACUCUACGCUGCAGCCAUCCAGAGAAUGGCAGGCCUCAGCCUAAAGGUCUGGAGGGUGAGCGACCUGUAAGACUCACAAGAGGGGAAGCCGACAGCUGUGUGCCAUAGCAUUCCUACAGACGGAGUGCUGUGCCCCCUGGUGCCGAUGAGAAAGCUGAGGCUGGGGCUGGGUCAGCAACCAAAUUCCAGUUUAGAGGCAGAUUUGGUCAUGGAUGUGGUCAGCUACCUCAGUAA